CCUCCCCUUCUUUUUACCGGCCCCUUCCGCUGCCGAUCGACCUCCCAAAGCUUCAUACACGUCUCUCUUCGCCCCCGCUCUCGCCGCCGCAUCGAAUCGAAGGUUGCUAGCGCGUCGCUGAACAACCCCUCUGAUGGCCGACAAGCAGCCCGUCGUGGAGCGCCACGUUGCAGAGGAGGAGGGAGAGGACUCCGCCGCCGCGGCCUCGGCCGCCGCCGGUGAGGAGGAGGACACUGGGGCCCAGGUCGCCCCCAUCGUGCGGCUCGAGGAGGUCGCCGUCACCACCGGCGAGGAGGACGAGGACUCUCUCCUCGAUAUGAAGGCGAAGCUGUACAGAUUCGACAAGGAUGGGAAUCAGUGGAAGGAGAGGGGCACGGGCACCGUCAAGCUCCUCAAGCAUAAGGAGAACGGCAAGGUCCGCCUCGUUAUGCGCCAGGCGAAGACUCUCAAGAUCUGCGCCAACCACUUAGUGAUCUCGACCACAAAGAUGCAGGAGCACGCCGGCAGUGACAAGUCGUGUGUCUGGCACGCGGCGGAUUUUGCUGAUGGAGAGGUCAAGGAUGAGAUGUUUGCCAUCCGGUUUGGCUCCGUGGAGAAUUGCAAGAAAUUCAAGGACUUGGUUGACGAGAUUGCUGAGUCACUUGCACAGAAGGAAGGCGACGAAAGUGAAGAAGGUUCGGCUACUGCUGGGCUGCUGGAGAAACUCGGUGUAAGCGAAACCAAACCUCAGGAAAGCUCAGCAAAGGAGGAACCAACUGAUGCUGGCAAGGAGACAGAGACCACAGCUGUGGUGACACCCGCAGAGUAGAGAGCAGAGAGCAGCACCUGUCACAAAGUACUACUGCUGUGCACCACUCGGUGAGAAGAGUCAGUUUGUCGGUCAAGUUGGUAGUCGAUAACAGAAAUAUUGUGAGAACUUUUUGGGACAGUCAGAAGGUGUCUUGAGCAGAGUCCAUCUUCGCCCGCUGGGUGCUUAUGCGUUUGAGUAUUUGUUGUUCCGUAAGAUAUCUGCUCGCAGUAUUUGUUGGAUCUGGUUUGUUCGUGCUUUAGCUGAGAACGCCAAAUCUAGUCCAUAAGUGUUGCUUGGAACAUUUUGGGGUAUUCCGCUGCAUGGGUCAUUGUGGAUUGCGUGCUAUUUCUAUACUGUAAACCACAUAUUAUGUUAUAUCUUUCUACACAUUGAUAUGAGAGUUCUCUUUAUGGUC